AUGUCUCAGUGGGCGAUGUCACCAGGAAAAUCAUUGGAAGCAGCUCCUCAGAACUCCUCGAGCCUCAAGCCUCCAAGAGACAAAGGCCUUGGUAAACUACUCAACCUUCGUUUUGAUUUCUUCAGGAGCAAGAAGAAGCCUUCUUCACCAUUAAAACCAAAGACAACAGAAUCUGAUCAUCAGCUGAAACUUAUGAACAAUCGGUUGGUUCAGUGGAGGUUUGUCAAUGCUAGAGCGUCGGCUGAAAACAAUACUCCAAGCAAAGGUAAUAAUGUCAUCAUCAUCACUUCUACUCAUCAAACCUUUUUCCAGAAACAAUUACUCUGUGCAUGGGUUGCUCUUACCAAACUACAAAAUUUGGUUAUACAAGAGAGAGAUAAUCUGCAAAAGAAAAACUUGGAAAUGAAGCUGGCUCAUGUUUUUCUUUCUCAGAAGGAAGAAGCAGUCUCUGAUGCUAUCAUUUCAACUGUGAAUAGUUUUUCUCCUACGAUAGAGGAUAUCGUUGCACUUGCCUCUCAACUUGCUGAAGUGGUGGCACAAGAGAAGUUAAUGCUGGAGGAGUGCCAUGUUCUUAUGAGAAUGAUAUCUGAGUUAGAGAUGGAGGAGAGGAGCUUAAAGUGCUGCCUUAUAAUCAACAGAAUAAGAUUUUGGAUACAAAACUUGUUCAAGACUAGGGCUUUGGUCUCCAUUACUAUUUUGUAUUAG